CACUCCCUUCCUCUGGCUCUCUUCCACCGCUCUGUUUCUGUUUUUAGUUUCUCUCAACUCGCAAGACUGAUCGAGAAGACGGUGAGGCGAGCAGCCCUAGCUUUCCUUUCAGAAGAAAUGGCGGCGAGAGCCAGAGGAGGAGGUAGGGUUCUCGAAAUGCCGGCGAGGAGGAGCCGGGAGGCGAGCCCCGAGAGGACGAAGGUCUGGACGGAGCCGAGGGCGCCGAGGCAGGAGCGCAGGGUUCCGGUGCUUUACUACCUCUGCAGGAACGGUCAGCUCGAGCAUCCGCAUUUCAUGGAGGUUCCUCUCUCUUCCGUCGAGGGGCUGUACCUCAGAGAUGUGACGAGCCGUCUAAACUUCCUCAGGGGAAAAGGAAUCGCUUCUAUGUACUCCUGGUCCUCCAAGCGGAGCUACAAGAACGGGUUCGUCUGGCACGAUCUCUCGGAGAACGACUUCAUUUACCCGAUCAACGGCCACGAGUACGUUCUCAAGGGCUCGGAGAUCGUUAAUACUCUUCCUUCAUCGGCGAAGGCCUGCUCUGUUCCUUGCUCGUCCAGAGAGCCCAGGCUGGUCAGAGAGUUUUCUCCAGAAGGUUCCUCCAGCAGCAAUGAGCGAUCCGGCGACUCCGGCCCCCUGUCUGGCCGGAAAACUAUAGACAAGAGGGAGUACAAGGUCUACAAAGCGGAGACUCCUGCAGAGUUCUCGGCGAAGGCGGCCGACGCGUCGACGCAGACGGACGACCAGCGCCGACGAGGUCGGAGAGAGAAUGCCGCCGCUGCGUCGAUGGAGCUGAACGCGGAUGAAGUGUCGCCUCCUCCGUCCACCUCGAGUCCGUCAUCGGGGACGGACGGCAAGGAUCAACCGGACACGCUUGAGGCGAUGAUGAAGGACGACAGCCGCGUAGGGAGCUUCCGGACUGUGGACGGGUCGCCGGAGGAGCUGUCGGUCCGGAUGGUGAACCACGCGAGGGUGAGAGCCUCGGCGGUGCUGAUGCAGCUCAUCUCCUGCGGGUCUGUUCUCGUCAACCGCCCGCGGCCACAGCGCGACCAGAAGGCAGGCAGCCCAGCGGGGACGGGCGCCGGCGACCUGGACUGCUGCCUGGGCGAGAACCCGGGACUCGCGGCCAGGGUCCGGUUGGAGGAGAAGGAAUACUUCAGCGGAAGCCUGGUGGAGACGCGGAGAGGCCAGGGAGUCGCCGAGGAGAUUCCUCGCCUGCAAAGAUCCUCCUCCUACAACGCUGACCGGGGGGACAGAACGGAGGUGACGGAAGAAGAGGAGGAAGGCGUACGCGCGAAGUGCAUCCCAAGGAAGACCACGAGGUCGUCGGGGAGGAAGGAAGGGAGCGCCAUAUCCCGGAGCGCCCACGGCAGCAAGCGAAUCACGGACGAGCCGGCGAAGAGGGCCGCCGGCGAGUGAAAGAAGAGAGGCGCGAAGAGGAGGAAAGAAGCUUCGACGGUGGUGCCACGCUCCGUACUGGUGCUACGCCUUGCAGGGCACGGCGAGCGUAUGUUUUUUGUGGGUCGUGUGAACCCGUGGGUUCGGUAGGCGUCUCAAGGGGUUGGUAUCUCGGUCCGGGCACCCGGCGGGGUCGUAUAGAGUGAGUUUGAGAGAGGGCGGGAUCCUGGUGCUCGGGGAAUGUGUAUGCUUUUGUCCUUAGUUUCGUUUAAAGCGGUUGACCUUCGCGUAUC